AAAGGAAGAGAAAACUGCUGGUACUGUCUGGGGCUGUUCUUCUCCUUGUUGUUGAGUUGCUACAGAGUUCCCACCCGGAGCAGAGACACGGAGAAAUCACAGCAUGAAGUGAACUCAGGUGGGUUCUCUCUUUAAACCAAAGGUAGAACACCCCAAGCAUAAUCUCUGAAUUAUUUCCAAGUAUGGAAGAGCCAAAGAAUAAUUCUGCAAAGCUGAGCAGAACCAAACAGCCAGUGAAAACAGAAUGGGGAGCCCAUUACAUGGUAUUGACCUACUUCCAAGGAGACACUAAUAGCAUGGUGGAUGAACAUUUCUCUAGAGCUUUGAGUGUCACCAAAAACCCACCCGACCUGAAUAGCGACAACAGUGUCAAGGAUGGCCUUAUUAACAACGAAAACCACCAACCUUCUCACGGGUGGGGUCUUCCACCCCACUGGACCAAGCCCUAUGGUGCAGCCUCCCCUUUGAACCUGUGCGCUUCAGACGAAAACCCAGUUGUUCCCGCGAUGGAUGUCUACCAGCCUUCCAUUCUCCAGGAAGCUUCUCCAGCAACCGCUGAGCUCUGGCCUUCGUCUUCUGGAGGGGGUCCAUGUUUGACCCCAGGUUCGAGGUACCCAACCUCUGAGCUGCACAUGGGGCAAGACGGCAUGUUGGAUGAGAAGUAUGGUUCUUUGUUGGGCCUCCUGGAGCAAGAGAGAUGUUCUCGACCCGUCCAAGAUUUGCUUGAUUCCCGAUCGGCUUGUCUUACUGGUUCGGCUGGGUUGCAAAAUAUGAGCCAGAGGUAUCCCUGCUAAUGGCCAAUUUGCACUUUUUUU